AUGGCUUCCACUGCAGGUGCUAAAAGAUUGGACGGAAAGGUAGCUUUAAUAACGGGUGCCGCGAGAGGCAUCGGCGAGGCCACCGCUCGAUUAUUCUGCAAGCAUGGCGCCAAGGUUGUAAUAGCCGACAUCCUAGACAAGCUCGGACAACAAGUGGCCGAUGAUUUGGGCCCAUCUUGGGCCAUUUUCGUCUAUUGCGAUGUCACCAUAGAAUCCGAUGUAGCAAAGGCUGUGGACAUUGCUGUCUCCACAUUCGGAAAGCUCGACAUAUUCCACAACAAUGCCGGGAUUGGAGGUGAACCCGAAUCGAACAUUCUCCAGAACACACAGACGGAUUUUGAGCGUGUCUUAAAAGUCAAUCUUGUCGGGUAUUUUUUGGGCACCAAGCACGCGGCCCGCGUGAUGAUCCCUAAUUGUAGUGGCAACAUAAUCAUGACUGCCAGUUCGGCUGCCUCGGUAGCCGGGGUAGCGCCGCACGCUUAUGUCUGCUCCAAGCAUGGAGUGGUGGGGCUUACGGAAAAUGCUGCGACGGAGUUGGGGAAAUACGGCGUUCGUGUGAACUGCAUCUCGCCGUACUUGGUGGAUACUCAUCUUACAAGAGUUGAUUAUAAAUAUACCGAUGAUGAUUUUAAGAAGGCGUAUACUUAUCUGAAUGGGGCUGUCCUAACAAAGGACGACGUAGCUAUGGCAGCGCUGUUUCUGGCGAGCGACGAGGCUGGCUAUAUUAGCGGACACAAUCUUUUGGUCGAUGGAGGAUUCAGCAUUUCCAAAUCAAUUUAAAGUUCCCAUCGCUUCGGAAAGUAAUUCGAUCUUAAUUGGAACAUACAUACAUACAUAUAGGCAUGUUCAAUAAUUAUAUGUGCAAGCCCUCGAUUGGUUGUGUAUUUGUGUUUGUGUUUGUUUGUGGUUUGUAAUAAAAAAAUUUAUAUUGUGCAAUAGAAACAAUGAAAUA